CCGUUCUGAAGCAUAAAAACCCUCAGAAGCAACUGAAACCCCUUUCCUGUGUCUGAGAAAAAUCCCCCGGCUACGUGUGGGGAGAGUGCGCAACAAUGUCGGGUCUUUCCUUUGGAUCCUCUUUUGCUUCUUCCUCCCAAUCUUCAUCUCUACCUUCGUUCACCAACGCUUCAUCAUCUUCAGCUUCCGCUUUCUCGUUCGGAUCCUCUCCUUCUACUUUCGGGUCAUCCGCAGCCUCAACAGGUUUUUCAUCUGCACCAUCCCCUUUCCUCUCCUCCUCCUCCUCGAACCUUAGUUCUUCUUCUUCCGCACCAUCUUUCUCUUUGCCAUUCAACUCCGCCUCAUCUUCUGCUUCUUCUUCUUCGCCUCUUUUCUCCGCUUCAACCACUGCCACCGCUUCCGUUCCCUCAUUCGGGUUCGGAUCCACUACCACUUCAUCUUCUGCUUCUUCGGCGCCUUCAUUCUCGUUCUUUAGUUCGUCGGCAUCCGGCUCAUUGAGUGCCACUUCAUCGCUAUUUGGGUCAUCUUCUGCUGCUCCAUCUUCUUCGCCUUCCCCAUCGGCGGCGAGUUCCGGGUCGCCCCUUUUCGGGUCAGCUCCAUCUGCAGCUUCCGGGUCAUCUCUUUUUGGUUCAUCGGCGCCGUCUUUGUUCAGGUCGUCGGCAUCCUCUGCGACUGCUAGCUUACCCUUAUUCUCCUCAUCUUCAGCUGCAGGGGCCAGUUCCGGCUCCUCGCUGUUUGGGGCAUCUUCUGCCGCGGCAAAUUUUAGUGCUCCGUUGUUUGGAGCGACGACUCCUGGAACAACGCCGUUUGGGGCAUCAGCUACCACCGCAAGCGCGGGUACAUCUGCGUCCAUCGCUGCUUUUGGGUCUUCCCUGUUCGCAGCUUCCUCGGUUUCUUCUUCACAAACAGCUGUUUCCUCAGCAUUUCCUGCUUCAAAUUUGUUUGGUUCUUCUUCGACUACAUCUUUUACCACUAACACCUCUCCUUCGCUCUCAAGCCCGUUCUCUGCUGGCUCUACUCCAAGUUCAAAUCCAGUUCCACUGAUUUCCUCUUCUUCGGGCUUUUCCUUCUCUAGUGCUUCAGCAUUUGCUAAUCGGUCGGCGCCCACUACUGUAACUUCAGCAGCCCCUUCGCUGACAUCGUCUUCCUCCUCCAGCACCUCCAGCUUCUCAUUUGGAGCUUCCGCUUCCUCUUCUGCUCAAUCUUCUUCAGGUUUUGGCAAUGCAGCCUCAGGAAGUUCAAUUUCUAGCACACCUGCCACAAAGACGCCUUCAUUUUCAUUUGCAACCUCUGCGGCUCCACUAUUUUCAACGGUCACGACCUCUGCGGUUUCAACCCCAGCGUCUAGUUCUACAACCCAAUCUACUUCUACACCUGCAUUUGGUGUGAGUUCUUCUGCAAGUACUACAUCAAUUGCUGCCGCUUCUGCUGCGUCUUCAGGCAGUGGAGGAUCUUUCACAGGUUUCAGUCUCACUAGCAGCACUGCUUCUUCAGGAGGUGCAAGUUCUACUACUGGCUUCUCUUUCUCAAAUAAGACCUCGACUCCUGCCUCAUCAACACCAGCAGUGUCAGGCAGCACUGCACCUGCAUUUGGGGUUACCACUUCAUCCUCUGCAGCUCCAGCAACUUCUGUUUCUGGCACUACUGCCGGACAGACAUCAUCAUCCCUUGUUGUGGCUUCCACUGGUGGAACCACUUCAACUGUCAGCACUUCAGUAACUUCUGCACCAAAAUUACCGUCAGAGAUCACAGGAAAGACUGUGGAGGAGAUCAUCAAGGAAUGGAAUGCUGAGCUGCAAGAGCGUACUGGGAAAUUCAGAAAACAGGCAAAUGCAAUAGCUGAAUGGGAUCGCAGGAUUUUGCAGAACCGUGAUGUUCUGUUAAGGCUUGAGAUUGAAGUAGCAAAAGUAGUUGAGACACAAGCAAACUUGGAACGUCAGCUGGAGUUGAUUGAGACUCAUCAACAAGAGGUUGACAAGGCUUUGCAAAGUAUGGAGGAAGAAGCUGAGCGUAUUUACAAGGAUGAGCGUGGUUUGCUUCUUGACGAUGAAGCUGCAUCUACUAGAGAUGCAAUGUAUGACCAAGCUGAAUUCAUAGAGAGGGAAUUGGAGCAGAUGACAGAGCAAAUAAAGUCAAUUAUUCAUUCCCUUAAUGCAAGCCAGGGUGGAGAACUUGAUGCUCUUGAUGGGAUGAAUCCGUUAGAUGCAGUCGUACGAAUCCUAAACAAUCAACUAACUUCACUCAUGUGGAUUGAUGAAAAGGCUGAAGAAUUUUCUUCUCGCAUCCAGAGGCUUGGCAAUCAAGGUUCUGUUUCAGAUCGAGAGCUGACGGGUCCAAGAUUCUGGAUGUCCUGAUCUCUAGGAUUUGUGACAUUCUACAACCUGAUUAAAACUGUAGAUGCCCGUCAUGAUUCUUGAAUAUUGUACAUGCUGAUCGCAGGCCAUAGUUUUUCUGAACUUUUGAUGUUCUUGUUUUCCCCCCUCCCCCAAUGAAAUGAACCAUCCUUCUGACAAAAAUGAUUUUGAUUCUUAAUCAGCCAUUUGACAUUUUGAAUUGUACCUUUAGACUUGGUUUCUUUGAAGAUAGCAGAAUGGCUGUUUCCAGUUUCACUUUAGUCAUGUUUCCAGUUUAUCACUACCGGAAGAUGCUUCUGGUCUGUCUUAGGGUUUGUUUGGUUUAAUGGAAGGGAAGAGUAUUCGGAAUGUUUUUAUUGUCAA